AUGAGAGCACCCUACUCGCUGUCCUGCCUCUUCCUGCUGAGCCUGGGAGCCUGCUUCCCUCCGGGCGAGCGCUGGGAGCCGGGACCCGCGGGGGAAGGGGCUCUGCUCGGGGCCGGCUGGCAGGCGGAGGGCCGGGGUCCCGGCUGGAGGGCAGCGGCCAAGCGGAGGAGAAGCGAGGAGCUGGACGCGCUGCUGAGCAUCGCCCGGGAGCUGCGGGGACACGGCGCAGGGCAGCGGCCGGGCCGGCGGGGGGACACCGAGCUGCUGCCCAGCGCGGGGGAGAAGCGCAGCGGCGCCCUGGGCAACCUGGCCGAGGAGCUCAAUGGCUACAACAGGAGAAAAGGGGGCUUCACCUUCCGCUUCGGGAGAUGA